UAGACUGUAUACGCUUGAGAUGCUAAUGUCUUUCGUUUGUGGCAAUUCAUAUUUUUUUAUUAAAUAAUUUAGUUUAUAUAUAUUAUUUAAUAAUAUAAUAAUUCUGUUAAAUGUAUUUGUUAAAGAAUUUUGUUAUUUGAAUUCUUUGGUAGCUAUUACAGUAUAAAUAUAUCAUAUUUUUAUGUGAAUGAAGGAUGUAAGAUGUCCCAGCACGGUGCUGCACUGCAAACAUAUAAUCAAGAAUUAGUAAAAUUUUUUCUGAAACUUUUUCAAGGUUUGGAAGAAAUGAAGUUGAGACGAGCAGAAUUACAAACACAAAUUGAAGCACAAGAAGAAGAAAAAAACAAUCUGCAAAGAGAAAUAGAGAAAAUGUCGCAUAAACUUACAAGAUUAAAUGAUAGUCUUGCUAAAAGAGUAGCUGUUAGAAAUGAAUAUGAUAGAACUAUUGCAGAUACAGAAACAGCAUAUAUGAAAAUUUUAGAAAGUUCGCAAUUAUUACUUAAUAUGAUAAAGAGGGAAGCUACAAAUUUAGUGAAGGCCAGUAUGGAUAAGCAACAAUUUAGACAAUGAUGAAAUAAAAAUAUUAAUAAAUUUUUUAUAAUGUAUUUAUUAAAAUAUUCACAUUAUAUUAUCUAUUAAAGAAAUUGAUCUACCAGUUUAUAACAAGUACAAAAUUGUAAAUAUUUUCUAUAAGAUAAUAGAUUAUUUUGUAAUUAUACAUUAUAUUGAAAUAUUAAUGUAUUGUAUAAAUUUUUCAUAAUCUAUUUAUAAACACAAUAAUGUACAUAUAUGUAUUUUAUCGUAUGGUGUAUGGUCAUUUAAAUAGGCAUUAUUUUCAUAGGAAUAUUUUUUUAUUAUUAAAAAUUGCAGAUAGAUGUAUUUAGGAAUAUAAUGAUGAUGUAAUAGUUUC